UUUCAUUUUUAUAAAAACCGCCUAAAUUUUCAUUUCAAAAUUCGCCAUUUUCACCUCUCCCAAAACUUUAUUCACCUUUUCAGUCCAUCUUCAACCUCUUCAAAAGUACACACUCUCCACCAUUGUUGCCUCCACCUAAACGACACCGUUUCAGAUAAAAAGAUUAAAGAUGCCGGAAGCAAGAGAUAGGUUAACAAGAUCAAACAACGGAGUUACAGAGAUGUACGAUCGUCGUCGAACAGCAAUCGGAAGCAUUGGAAUCUUUCUGGAUGAUGAAACCGAAGGGAGUAUUAAUCUGACUCCGUUUAGGUGGGGGUCAACGCCGUUGACCGGUGGUGGUGGUGGUUCGGGUCAACCUACUAGAACUAGAGGUGUAUCUGGAAGAGGUCUUUUCGAGACGCCAAUGCCGGUUUACAGACGCGGUAGCCGGAGUCAGAAUACGCCGCCGUCUGGUAACAGUUCCAGGCGAGGUAGAGGCGGACGAACCGGGCCCCGUGGUGUGUUACCGGCUUGGUAUCCGCGUACGCCUCUUGGAGACAUUACUCAUGUUGUUAGGGCGAUUGAGAGGAGAAGAGAGCGAAUGGGAGAUGGUGUGGGCCGCGUUUUGGGAAGCCCGAUACCGAUACGGAUGGAUCAUCAGCCUGCUGAUCAAGAUACGUCGCCAUCUGAUGCUCAGCUCGAGCGUGAUCUUUCGUUUGUGACCCCAAAGCCUAAAGUCGGAUCGAAAAUGUUCAAACAGUCUGUGUUGGGACGGGUUCCUUUGAUAUUAACCACCGUUGCUAAUCAAUGUGAAGGAGAGUCGGAGCUGCAGACGCCACAAAAGAGGCUCCUAAACUCGAUUGAAAUCGUUGAGAAAGUAGUGAUGGAAGAACUGUAUAGGUUGAAGAGAACUCCGAGUGCUAAACGGGCCGAGAGGGAGAAACGGGUCAAAACGUUAAUGUCGAUGCGAUAAAGAAGGGUUGGGGUGCAAAGUUCAACUCUUGUUGAGCAGGAUGAAGAUGGAUGAUUCAGUUAGGUGUGUAUGAUUGAUCAUCUGCUGAUGAUUGGGCUUAUUAGUAGUUUGCUAAUUGGUUCCCUUUUUUUCUUAAAAGGUUUAGUUUUGCUUUUGCUUUUGGUUUAGAUAACUGCUGAUGAUGAUAUUUCUUGUAUCCAUAGGCCUUUAUUUUGUACUGACAAUGAUUAAAAGUAUUGAUUUGAGUAAUAAAUUUCUUAAAUGCUGGUCGAU